AUAAAGACUUUUUCUUUUAAGCUCAAAUAGAUGAGGACUUCGAACGGAUGUAAAUGUCUUCCUGAAGUUCUCAGCUCAUUUUUCAGCAACAAUGGCAUUUUACCCUAGGUUCAUGCCUUCACUUUUGAUUGCACUCUUUGUCAUUCAAGCCACGAAAUCCAGUCACUCCAAAGCCUUUACAGAUGUAAGUUGCAUCGGUGCUGAGAGGGAAGCUCUUCUGAAAAUCAAGCAAGAUCUCAUCGAUCCUUCAGGACGUCUACAGUCAUGGAUCGGUGAGGGCUGUUGCAAGUGGAAAGGAGUCGAAUGCAGCAAGAAGACAGGCCAUGUGUUGAAGCUUGAUCUUCGUAAUCCCUGUGAUGGUCUAGAAUGUAGCUUAGGAGGUAAGAUUCAUCAUGCUCUGAACGAACUGAAGGAUUUGAGGUAUCUAGAUCUUAGUUUCAAUAAUUUUUCAACCCAAAGAAUCCCAAACUUCUUAGUUUCUCUUCAGAAACUGGAGUAUCUCAACCUCUCAUCCAUAGGCUUCUAUGGACAUGUUUCCAAUCAACUUGCUAACCUUUCCAGCUUACGAUAUUUGGAUGUUAGUAAUUCCUGGUGGUGGCCCUCUAUUAAAAUAGAAAACCUACAGUGGCUUUCGUCAUUUUCUAACUUGAAGUAUUUGGACUUGUCUUAUGUCCCUCUUCCCAGCUCCAAAGAGUGGUUAAGUCCUAUCAACAUGCUUUCCUCUCUUGAGUUUUUAAUAUUAAGGGGAUGUAAUUUGGAAGAUGUUUCAUCCUCUUUGUAUGUCAAUUUCACUUCUCUAAAAUUUCUUGAUCUAAGUCACAAUUCCAUGACUUCAUCUAUUCCUUCUUGGUUUCAAAACAUGAGCAAACUCGAACAUCUUGAUUUGAGUUUUAAUAACCUUCAAGGCAUAUUCCCCACUUUUAUCCUUGAAAAUAGUCAGCGGCUUAGAUUCCUUGAUGUCUCCAGAAAUAAGCUGGAGGGUGAACUUUUGAAAAACAUGAGCAAUUUCUGCAACCUGCAAGUACUAAACUUGCGUUCCAACAAAUUUAGUGGGAGGAUUUUGGGCACCAAAGAUGGUGAUUUGAUUUGUGGAGAAAGUUACAUGAAGACUAUUGAUGUUUCCGGCAAUAAUUUCAGCGGUCACCUACCCAAUCAAUUUGGAAAUUUCAAAGAUCUCGAAUUCCUUGAUAUCUCAUGGAAUUCGAUUUCAGGUCCCAUUCCUGCUACCAUGGGCCAACUAUCAUCUUUGAGAAAAUUGUACCUCUCUUCUAACAAAUUAAGGGGGAACAUUCCAAAAAGUAUUGGGCAAUUAUCCAAUCUGGAGGUGAUGGACAUUCGUAAUAAUCAACUGGAUGGAGUUGUCAGUGAACUUCACUUUGCCAAUCUCACUAGCUUGACUGUGUUGUACUUUUAUUUAAAUGAGCUUGUUAUAAAUAUUAGUGCAUCUUGGGUUCCUCCUUUCCAAAUUCAAGUGCUUUUCAUGUCCAAUUGUAAAGUGGGACCUAGAUUCCCUAGUUGGCUUCGAACUCAAAGGAACAUUUCGGUAUUGUACAUGUCAAAUGCAAGCAUCUCAGAUGAAGUUCCCCAUUGGCUACUUGAAGUUUUAUCCAACACUAGACGAUUGGAUCUUUCGGGCAACAUGCUUAGAGGCGACAUAUCCCAAAUUAUUGGAAAAGAGAUGCCACUAUUAAGACUAGUGUCACUUUCUAGAAAUAACCUCAGCGGUGAUAUUCCAAGUUGGUUGUGCAUGUCGGAUGAAUUGUCUUUUCUUGAUCUCUCGAAGAACCAAUUGUCAGGGAGACUUCCGCAAUGUUGGAGGAAGUCGCAAGCAAAUUUGGAGUGGAUUUCUUUUGGGAAAACAAGUUAAAUGGUCAGAUUCCAGACUCUUUAUGCCAUUUGAAGCGAUUAGGAGUUCUAGGCCUCCGUGAAAAUGGCUUGAAUGGAGUGUUUCCAAAAUGUUUACUAAAGCUAGAUUUGGUAAACCUUGAUCUUAGUGGCAAUCAACUCACUAGUAGAAUACCUCCAUUUGGACAACAUGCUCGAUCAUUUAAAGCAAUCGAUCUUGAGAGAAAUCACUUUCACUGGGAACAUUCCUUUGCAAUUAUGCCAUCUUGUUAAUCUCCAGUAUUUAAAUCUAGCACAUAACAACCUUUCCGGAGGCAUUCCUCAUUGUUUUAACAACUUUUCCCAGAUGUGGGCCAACUCCAAUUUUACUCCGUAUGGGAGGUUCCCAUUGGGGUUUUCUAUCAUGGUUAAUAUAAAAGGAAUGAGCCUAGAAUUCACCAGCACGCUCCGUUUUUUAUUUUCCAUUGACCUUUCAAGCAAUGGAUUGGAUGGACCAAUACCGAAAGGGUUGACUAUGUUGGCUCGACUUCAAAAUUUGAACCUCUCUCAAAAUAAGCUAAUUGGAAAUAUCCCUUCAGAUAUUGGUAACUUGAGAGAUUUAGAAUCGUUGGAUCUAUCCAAUAACAAGCUAUCGGGUGAAAUCCCUGCUAGCAUAUCUAAUUUAGACUCACUAAGUCAUUUGGAUCUUUCCUUCAACAAUUUAUUUGGUCCUAUUCCAUCGAGCAAUCAUCUAAGCACUCUGGAUGAUCAAUUUGUUUAUCGAGGCAAUGAUGGACUUUGUGGAGCUCCUCUUUUGAAAGUUUGUCCUAGAGAUGAGCUUAAUGGUAUGGACAGACAAAAUAGUCACAAUAUGAGCGAAGAUGAGUCUAACGAAGGUGACUCUAUUUUUAUUGGGGUUUACUCAAGAUUGGGUGUAAGUUUACCAGUGGUAUUCUUGGGAUUUUUUGGCAUGUUAUAUAUCUUCUCCUAUUUUCGGCGGUGGAGAGGAUUGUCGAAAUUCAAGAGAGCUUUUCAAUUCGCACUGCGCAUAUAAGAAGCUAUGUAGCCAUCCAUGGAUAUGCGAGAAUGGAGUUGCCCCAGAUAGAGCACUAGAUCCAGCAGUUUUAUUUUGGCUCAAACACUUCUCUGCAAUGAAUAAGUUAAAAGAAGAUUUCUCCACAGGUCCUGUUUGGAUUACAAAAAUGGGGUUCAAUUGUGACAAACUUUAAUGCUUAUGCUGGUCUCACCAGGUAAUUGCUGAAAGUCUCUCCAAGGAGGAGUUUGCCAGUUUGAAAGAAAUGUUUAAAACGAUGGAUACUGAUAACAGUGGCGCAAUCACCUUUGAUGAACUUAAAGCUGGUUUGCGAAGAUAUGGCUCCACGAUGGAGGACACAGAGAUACGUGAUCUCAUGGAUGCUGUGAGUAGAUUGCUUGCUGAUGUGGACAACAGCGGAACAAUAGACUACGGAGAAUUUAUAGCCGCAACAAUUCACCUUAGCAAAUUCGAAUGUGAAGAGCAUCUAAUUGCAGCCUUUCAAUACUUCAACAAGGAUAGAACUGGUUACAUAAUGGUCGACAAGCUCCAGCAGGCUUGCACCGAGCAUAAUAUGACUGAUGCUUCAUUGAAGAUAUCAUCAAAGAAGUUGAUUGAGAUGAUGUAAGUCCAUCGAAACAUUGCUGAGUAAAACCCUAAGGAUUUUAAUAAUGACAAAGCUAUCUCAUAUGAUUUGAUGCAAGGGUUAAUUCUGUCCAGGUAUCUAUUGUUGAUUCAACACCAUUGCAUAUAUCCUUAAUGCGAUGUGAAAGAACUUAAAGGACUAGAGGGACCUUAAGGGUGAAUAAGUCAAAGAGAACAAGAAGUUCAUGAGGGCUUGAAAGACCAGCAUGUGAACUAAUAUGUAGAAGUCUAACUUACCGAGAAAACCUCUUAAUACAUUUUGAAGUUGACAAAACAGUCCAUAAUUCCUUACAAGCUUGAUAUAUGCAAGUGUUGUUUAUGCCCAAGGAAAUAUCCGCCCAAAAGGAACAUAGAUAUACAAAGUGCAGAGAUUCUAAAGAGUUGGAAGGACUUAUGCAAAUGAGUCUAGAGAAUGGGAAGUUCAUAAAAACUUCAAGAUAUCAACGUAAAUAGUCUAAAGGAUCUUCAUCACCAUUGUACCUAAAGUAUCUAGUGUUCGUGAUGAUUAUUAAGGACUACGUGAUGUCCAUGAUGUAUUCAUUGGAUGAAGAUCGCAAGGUGAUCUUGUACAGGCUGCCUGUAAAUAGCAUCAACUGUCCAUGAUAAUCAACCAGUGAUGAUUUCUAUGUCAAAGGAUAUCAUGUCCUUGAUGAUGUUGGAAUAAUUACCAUAAGAGAAUGUCCGUUGAAGGAUUAAAUAUAGUCGUUGGCAGUUGGAGCAGCACAGCAAAAGAAUCAGGAAAUCGUCAGAGAAAGUGAAACGGAUUUUUGUUUAAAUUGUCAAAGUGACCAGCGAUGUGAUCGCCAUCGUACUUGAAGUACCAAGUAAGUGGUGGAGCAACAUCCUUAUAAAUUUUGAUUAUUUCCAAAUUGUUCUUACAAUAAUAUCUACUAUGAUAAGUGCAGAUGUUCGUAAAAAGCACAAACUUUAGGUGUUGUCUUAAAUCUGACCCAAACUUUAUUUUGUCUAAAAAAAAAUGCAAUAUCUUUCAUUUGUGUCCCCACAAAUCUGGCCCCCGUUAACCAUCCUUCCACAAUCAUCUGACGUGGCAUCUCCACGUUAGCAAUAAUAUCCAACACAGCAAAGCUAACAUGGAUAUAAAGGCAAAACUACACUUGGGCUUUCUCUUCUUCUCUCUAACACAUGACUCGAAGAUUGGGGUGAGUUUUGUCUAGGGUUUCCUUUCUUCAGUGAAUUCAUGCGCAGGAUCCUUCAAGCCUUUGGAAGAUCUUGCGCGUUGGCUUGUUUGCUCAUUCUCUCACACAAAGAUACUCGCUUUUGCACAUACUCAUGCUCGACCGCUUGGAGAUGUCGUUUUCGUUGAAAAUUUUGGGCUCGAAGGAUCUGUGCUUGCUUGAAGUGUUGAAGCGGACAGAGCAUCUAAAGGAUUGGGCCCGUUGGGAUUCUAGGUCGAUUGUUGCUUUGCUUGUGGAAAAUUGAAGUGUUGCAAGUUGAAUAAGAAGUAAUGAAUGAAAAUGACAGUGACAAUGCUGCCGGUUGUAGGAUGGCUCCCCGGGUCACAAAAAAAAAAAAGUGACAAUGACAAUGGUUCAUUAGACUUGUCUGAUAAUUAAAUAAAUACAUUUGAUGAUGAAGUGAUUGGGACAAGGGAGAAAAGGGAAGAAUUUUAGGAAAGAAAUAAUAGAGGAGGUAGAUGAUGGUGGAGACUUCUCUGAAGGUUCCAUUGAUAUAAGAAUGGAGGAGGGGGUUGGUGUUGUUCCACAUGAUGAGGGAGAUGAUGAUGAAGAUGCAAUAUUGGAUGAUGAACUUCUAAGUGGUCCCAAUAUUGAUAAUUUUGAAGAAAUUAGUAGCACAAUUGGACGAAUGGUUAAUAGGUAUGAUCAUAUGUGUGACCAUAAUGAGAAUAUGUUUAGUCUAGGCAAGAGAUUUGAAUCUCAUGAAGAGUUCAAGAUUGUUGUGCAAAAAUAUGUAGUAACUAGUGGAUUGGACAUUUUUUAACCAAGAGUCAAAAGAAAAGAAUGGAAGCAAAGUGUGCGAGUGGUUAUGAUUGAAGGUUGUAUGGUAGUUGGGUUCAAGAUGAGAAAACUCUUGUAAUAAAAAGAGUCGGAAAUCCACUUAGUUACAAUAAAAGCCUUACAAAUAGGCAAGCCACUUCUACAUGGCUUGCUUGUGAGUACAUGCCUAAGAUUAAAGCCAGGCUCUCACUAAUUUAGCUAUUGAAAUGCAGAUAGAUGCAAGAGAGGUUUUCUCCGAUCCUUCAAAAAAAGAAGAAGCUAUAGAGCCAUAUGGAUAGCCCUUGUCAUAUAAGAGGGCCUAUAGGGAAGCAACAUGAUAUGCUAAGAUCUUAUUUGGAGGAGCUCAAGAGGGUUAGCAAAAAUGGAACAUUCAUGAGGGAGGUCAACUUAGCAACCAAAGUAUUUGAGAGGUUUUAUGUGGGCUUUGAUGAGUUGAAAAUGCAGUUUUUAGCAAGAUAUAGACGUGUCAUAAGCUUGGAUGGGUGUUUCCUUAAAGACUGGAUUGAAAGGUAUGUUGUUAUGUGCCGUUAGACGAGAUGGAAACAAUCAAAUGUUUUCAAGAGCUUGGGCAGUUGUGUAAGUCGAGUCCGAGGCACCAUGGACUUGGUUUCUCACUCGUGUGGGCACAGGCGAAGGUUGGGCUUUUAUCAGUGAUCAACAAAAAGGGAUUAAUGAAUGUAGUUUCAUGGCUAUCUCCAUAAGCAGAACAUCAAAAUUGUGUGAGACAUAUUUGCUAAUUGGAAAAAACUACAUAAAGAGGAUGCUUUGAAGAAUCUUUUCUAGAGGAUUGUGAAGUGUACUUUUGAAGUUGAUUUUGACCUGAUAAUGGUAGAUUUGAAGAUAGAGUGUCCUAAAGGUUAUGAAAACUUCAUGAGACAAUGCCCUAAGCACUUCUGCAAGGCUUUCAUUAAGUCAGGGAAAAAUGUGGCCCAAAGUUAAUGGUGAGCUGAUCAAACCCCCACCUUACAGAAGGAAACAAGGUAGAGCGAAGGAAAAUAAAAUCACGGAUAAGGAUGAGCAAAGUAGUGAUGGUAAGAAGUUGACAAAAGUUGGAAUUCAAUACAAUGUUCAAAUUGCCUUAAAUAUGGGCAUAACAAUGAGACAUGCAAGAAUCUUAUGAUAUCCAAGCCACCCAAGGCAAAAAGAGGAAGAUCAAGGAAAGUUGAUGGAAUUAGUGGUGCGUAGGCUAGUUCACAGGCCAAUAGACCAUCUAAUAGAGACUCCACUAUUAUUAGGAAGGAGAGAGCACAGGCUAGUGCUUUAUCAAUCAUUAUUUUAUUUUCAUGCCAUGUGUAUAUUGUGAUUAACAUUUUAUGCUCAUUUUGUUUCUUUAGGCAUGACAAGGAUAUGGACUUUUCAUAUCUAAAGCUAUUGGGAAAUUUUAUUUAAGGAUGCUUGGUAGUGUAGAGUUAUUGAUAUUGGAGGUCCAUACAUUUCCAAGAGACGGACAAAAGCAAGGAAUGUCGUUGAAGUUUGCUAGGCCAGUUUUCCAUUGAUAUCUUGAAACCUCCAUGCACUCAAGAAUUUGGAAUUGGUGGUUAACAAUGCAAUUGUGGAUCUUAAAAUGCUCGUGCAGUGCCUACUACUUGAUGUUGAGUUGUAGACUAAAAAGUGCUAGUACUAGUUUGAUGGUGUCUAUAAGUACAUUUGGCUAUGCAUUUUGUGUUUGGGCAUUUGGCAAUGUCGUUUUUGUAUUUGUUGAUGUUUUUGCUAUGCAUCGUGUUUCGGCUAGUUUAGAAAGCUUGACAAAAAAUUGAGCUUGGAGCUUUUGGAUUUUGCAAACUUAGAUUUUGUAGCUUUAUUGCAUUUUCAUCUCAAUUAUGGAGGUAGCAUAUGUAGAGAGGGUUUAUUUUGA